AUGACUUCCUAUCUGAUCACCGGGUCCUCUCGCGGGAUUGGCCUUGAAAUCACCCGGCAGCUGGUCGAGUCUAAUGCUGAAAUAACCAUUUUUGCUGCAGCCCGGUCUGCAACUUCGCCUGGGUUUCAAGAUCUGUUGGAAAGGCACCCAACUCAAAUAAUACACGUGCCUUUGGAAGUGACAAGCGAAAAUAGCAUUAAAGCGGCUGUAUCGCUUGUGACCGAAAAGCUUAAUGGCAGGGGCUUGGAUGUGCUCAUUAAUAAUGCGGGCGUCAUGAACGCGGCGCGCCUUGAGGACAUGACCGACCUUGACGAGACUUUCCGGAUCAAUGUCAGCGGCGUGCACUCUGUUACGCGGGCUUUUCUGCCAAUUAUGAGGGAGGGCCGGGAGAAGAAGAUACUAAACAUGUCUUCCACGGUGGGUUCGAUUGCCUUGCAGCCAGACUUUCGCAUGACACCCGUACCUUCAUACAAGGUCACAAAGGCUGCAUUGAAUAUGCUCACGGUGCUUUAUGCCGAUGAACUCAAGGAUGAGGGCUUUACAGUGUUCUGCGUCAGCCCAGGUUGGCUGAAGACUGAGUUGGGGGGUGAACACGCGGAUCUUCCUGUGGAAACUGGGGUCAAGUCAGUGUUGGAAAUUCUUUCGAGUGUUGGUGGAGAGGACAACGGACAGUUUUUCAAUAUUGAGGUGCCAGGAUGGGAGAAAUACCAGCGAGAGAAGGUGCCUUGGUAG